GCCACCUUGGGCUGUCUCGAUAAAAACUGGGAUCGAGGGAGGGUUCUUCAAUUCCCAUGAAGACCUUGCACAAGCACAGGAUGAAGACCAAUUACCUACUGUUAUUUGCCUGUGUUUGGGCCGUGGCCCGAGCUCAUCACACAAGAGGUAACUUGUGCGAAACAAUCCGCGCCUCGCAGUCGAGCCUGGCCGAUUUCCGCGGAUAUGCCCUCAACGCCAUUGACAGGAACCAUGACCCCAAUUACCAGCACGGAUCAUGUAGCAGAACGGCCAUGGAGCCGUCGCCCUGGUGGGGCGUAGAUUUCUUCUAUCAUUACAGGGUCUAUGUUGUAAAAAUCACCUCCAGCGGCAACGGAGUUGGCCUGAGGGGAGCGGAAAUCCGUAUCGGAGACUCACAAGAAAUGAACGGCAGUAAAAAUCAGAUCUGUGCAAGGAAUGUAAACGUUCCACCCGGAGAGUCUAGUUACUUUUACUGCCAAAUGAGCGGAGUACACGGACGUUACAUGACCAUUACCAUCCCCGGGAGGACGGCAUUUCUGUCCCUGUGUGAGGUGGAAGCGUAUGGAGCAUACGAUCCUCACUCAAUCCGGGCUAACUAUCUUUGCAGUAAAUGUGUUUCUAUUUUGUCAUUCCCAACAGCAGCUGGAGCUGGGAGGCUUAACAGCAAGGGCCAAGGGAUGAAGUCACGUUUAAUCCUGUUGCUCGGUUGUCUCUGUGUAACAGUAAACUUCUCUAGGUCACACGACGAUGAUGAUUCCGCCCCGGAGAACGUGAUCUUCGGAGUCAGGGCGACGCAGUCAACUACAUUCUCCAAAUAUGGAAGUGCAAGCAACGCCAUUGAUGGGAAUCACGACAGUGAAUUCCAUCAUUCAUCGUGCAGCUGCACCAAAAAACAGUGCAAUCCCUGGUGGCGUGUGGAUCUGCAGAGACACUAUCGCAUCUACGUGGUUAGCAUCACAAACCUAAACAGGAGACACUACAGGCUGAAUGGAGCCGAGAUCCGGAUCGGCGACUCACUGGAGAACAAUGGAAACAACAAUACCCUCUGUGCAAAGAUCACCCACAUUCCAGCAGGACAGACUGCCAACUUUUACUGCGAGCCUGCUGGUGUCCACGGUCGGUAUUUGAACAUCUUUCAGCCGAGGUGUAGGUCUUUUCUCACACUGUGCGAGGUGGAGGCAUUCGGAGCCCACGAUCCACAUUGAUAAUCCGACGCUUCCGGCUUCUGCAAGGGACCCAGGUAGAGAUGGAUCCAGCUCCAUGUCCCGAAUGAUGUGGGCCCAACUAAAGCUUCAAGCAGCACUUUUCAUAGCAAGCCUCUCUCUCCCUAGUUUGUAGCUCAGCCUGGAAUGAAGAACAACAGCUGGUGGUGGUGCGUGUAUAGAAAGCAUGUCACCAGAGAACCAACCGGCAGGAGGGCAACAUCAAAGCCUUUGUGAGGGGCCAAUGUGUGGUGAACUACAUAUACCUGUCUGGACACGCCUCCCCGCUGACUGCUCCUGUGGCUCCUCCCACUGACCCCGGUAUAAAGGCGAUUGGAGACACAUCCCAGGCCUCAGUCUCCAGGAUGUAGUAUGGUGGUCAAUUGCUGCUUGUUCUUUCUUCCAGCCAAUAAAAGCCUAUAUCUCA